AUGGCGGUGAGGCAAAGGCUUUUUAACUCGACAGCACCCUUCUCCGGGUCAUCCCAAGCUGAGCUGAAGGGAUCGUUCCCAUCCUGCUCGGCUGCGGAGCAGGAGGUGGCGGAGGAGGAGGAAGAGGAGGGGAAGGACAGCAAAAUGGGCUACAUCAACCCUUUGUUAAAAAGAGUCCUGACACGUGGGACCGCAGAGCAAAUGGGAGAAAUGCCACUGAAGACCUCAACCUUCAUUGCCCAAGCUGAAUGUGAAACCCAGGACUCCCAAGAGUUAUGUCCAUCCUCCCUUGAACGCUCCUUUGUUUCGUCCUCGAACAUCUACACCAGCAGUCAUUCCUUGGAGCACAACAAUGUGGCGUGCCCGACCAUGGCCUCCAUGCAGGAGCCGAGCAGCUCGCCAGCACAGCAGCUUGCCCCGAGGAAGAAGACCAGGAAGAGACAGAAGCGCAAAGGGAAGAAAAAACUGGAGAAGAAGAAGGAGAAGAAGAAGGAGAAGCAGCGACACCGAACGCCCUCUGGAGUCCCUGAACAGGAGAGUGGAAGUUCUCAGGUCCGGAUCCUGGAUGAGUCGUCUCUUGGAGGGAGAAGUGACCUCAGUUCUUCCUGCUGUAGCUGCGUUGAAAGCUCCGAAGAGCAGGACAGAGGGCCUUCUCCCUACAGGCGACAGGUCUACAACACAGGCUCCAGCUGCUCUCUGAACUGGGUGGACCCGGUCUGCGGCCCCCUCUCCAGUCUCCACUCCUAUGGGCAGGACAGCGACUCGGACUCCCUCAGCAGUCAGGGAGACUGUUCUCUGGCUCUUGCUGGCCUCAGGGGCAGCGUCAGUCAGGGGGACCCGUGUUACGCAGGGCCCUUUUUCAAAGAUGUGGAGAGGGAUGUAAGAGAAGAGGAAGAUGAGCUCUCAGCAGCUGACUCUGUCAUCAACGAGGGAAUCAUCUUUUAUAAUGAAAGCAUCCAGCCGGUUGACUCUGAAUACAAGGAAGGGAGGGAGUACGUCCUCUCAGAGUUCAUCAAGGAGGGCUCCUACGGUGAAGUACACAGCGCUCAAGAUGUCAACACAGGCUUCAAGUUUGCUGUCAAAAAGAUCGCCCUGAAGAGGUUCAGCAGCGAGGAGGUGGGUGCGUGGAGUGCCCUCAGAUCUCCUCGUGUGGUGGAGCUCUUUGCAGUGGUCAGAGAGGGACCCAACGUUCGCCUCUUCAUGGACCUCAAAUCAGGCUCCCUGGGCCAGCUGAUAACGGAGCGCGGCCGGCUGCCAGAGGACCUGAGUCUCCACUACCACUCACAAACCUUAACAGCACUGGAGUACCUACUGAAGAAAAAAGUGGUGCAUCUGGACAUUAAAGCUGACAAUGUGUUGCUGUCGGAGGACGGUAGAGACACCUUCCUGUGCGACUUUGGACACGCAGAGAGACUCGACAAUCGGGGACAGAGCCUCAGCGGGUCCAAAGAUCUGAAGGGCACAGAGACCCACAUGGCCCCUGAGAUAGUAAAAGGGGAACCCCGCGGAGCCAAAGCAGAUGUGUGGAGCAGCUGCUGUAUGUUACUGCACAUGCUCAAUGCGUGUCAACCGUGGACGAGAUACUACACCUGUAGACUUUACCUGAAGAUCGCCAACGAGGCUCCUCCUCUGAGGGAGAUCCCGCCUGACUGCAGCCCUUUCACAGCCGAAGUGAUCAAGGCGGGACUUCAGAAGGAUCCAGCCAAGAGAGCAUCCGCAUCUCAGCUCAAAGAGAAAACUGCCAGAGCUCUGAGAGAAGUGGGAGGACUCACCAGCCCAGUGAAGGGACCCUACACAGAGCCCCUGUACAUCGCCAACAAACCUCCUGACUCCCUGCAACUUAUCAACAGCAACUUUAGCUACGAGGAUGAGCAUCAAGAGUCUGUUGAGAAAGUGACCACAACAGGGAGGAGGACGGAGGAACCGGAUGAUGAAGAGGAUCGUAAUGAGUCAAAGCGAGACUCACUUUUCUGUCCACAGACGCUGAUCUCUGAGCCGAAUCACAAGAAGGGCAACAAGAUCACCACUGUGCCCGAACUUGAGCUGCGUAAACUGGAGCGAGAUUUCUACCUGAGCAGUCUGUCCCAGCUCCACUCUCCUGAGAUGCUCCUGUCGUGUCUCACCAGCGACCCUCAUUACAACUGGGAACCAUGGGACAAAAAGGACUCUGGCCGCUGGUCUCUGAGCCUAGGAGACGACUUCAGCUCCGGUGUCUUCUCCUACAGCAGUCAGCCAGACGUGCAGGUUUCCAGUCUGGAUUUGCUGAGCCACACACAGCUGCCACCACCCUGCUGUUUCGAAGGUGUGGAUGUCUGCAUCAGAGACUUCAACAGGAAGAGCAUCCGCAUCAGAGAGACGCGCCGGGUGAAGGUGGGCCACAUCGCCACUGGCAUCAGUGAUCAGAUCUCUGAGAGGGUUUUCACCCUGGAAACCCAGCAGGGCCAGCAGGUUGCUCACGAUGAGGAGGUGCAGGAGUCCGGUAUGGAGCUCAGCUGUGUUCCUGCUCCAGACUUCAGCUCUGCCUGGAGGUGGAGGAUCAGAGACGGCGUGCUGGAGACCAGAUAGAGCCCAAAGCUCUCUCCGUCCAUCGGCAGCCGUGUCAUCUUAACCGUCCUACACAUGGCCUUCUGUUGAAUCGUUUCAAAUAUUUGCCUUUGUCUCAGUGUGCGAGGUCCAUGCUUUCAUAACGGGUACAAAUACAACUUUUUUUAUCACGUCUCAUGUUUUAAAUGCCUUAAUGGGGUGGAGGGGGGAAGGGGACUGUUGUGUAGCUUUUUUUGUCUCUAAAGUGCUCAUUUCUAAGUCAAGGUACUGCCCUUUUUUGACCACUGUGAUGUUUACAUGUUGCAUGUUUACACUGAAUCAUUAAAUGGUAUAUGAAACUA